GUUUGAAUCGGUGUACUGUAUGGCAACGGCGGUAUGAUGACAUGAAUAACUUGAUAACUUGACCCGGCGCACUUAAAGGAAAAACUUCAGUCAACAACGAGAUAGUGAUGUUGUGUUUGUCGCUGAAGAAAAGCGGAAAUGGCACCUCGACAAGACCUCAAGCAAGAUUCCCACAAAUCCAAAGGGAAUCAGAAUUGGUUAUCACACACAGGCUUCCUGCAUUACCCAACUGGUCGUGAUCAACUCGUCAAAACAACACAUGGAUGGAUGAAUGGCAAGAGGAUUGAUGAUGAUGUGGGUCCAUAUUGGAGAAUACACAACAAGUUAUAUGAUAUGACUGAUUUUAUAGAGAAGCAUCCUGGAGGUCAGGACUGGCUUUUGGCAACUAAAGGAACAGACAUCACUGAGGCCUUUGAAAGUGCUCACAUCGGUACAGCGGCUGAAAAUUUGCUCCACAAGUAUUAUGUUAAUGACAUAUUAACACCCCGUAAUUCCCCGUACACCUUCCACGAAAAUGGAUUUUAUAAAACUUUUAAAAGAAAGGUACAACCAGUUCUGAAAAGGGUUGGUAAGGGACCCACUUUGUACAUGAGGUUCAUACAAGAUUCACUAGCCCUGACCUUUGUGGCACUGAUGAUUGCUAGUGUGAUAACCCAGUCUUAUACUAAAAUCAUAUUUGCAG